UCAUUACCAGCACUUUACUGAACGGAAAACGCGGACGAGUAUAAAAUUGUGCGCGACCAUUGCAACGAAAAUUUAAAUUGCACUUUAUAUAAUUAGCGAGGCUGAUAUCUGGAAGUAUGGAACACGAUACAAUCUAUCAACAAGUAUGCUCCACUCGCACCGUACAGUCGGACAAGAAAGGCUUCUUCAACGAGUUUUACCUAGACGUGAAGGAUGCAUGUGGCGAGAAGUGGCUGCUGAACUAUUUUGGCAAGCUAAAGUCAAAUGCAGCUCGUGUCCUAUCCAUAUUCAGUGAUCGCGAGGUUUGUGACCCAGUGCUGGGUGUAUUGGAGCACGUUCAGCCAGUGUACAAGCAGAAAGAUGUACUCGUCUCCUCCCAAAGACGUGCACAGGCUGAUAAGUUUUAUCUGCUGAGCUGCAGCGCAGCCAACGAUGAGGAACGAGUUGAAAUGUUGCAGCAGGCUCUUGGCCAUGCGAAUCUUGCCGUAAUGCGUGCACCGGCUCCUCAUUCGGACAUGGCGGUUGACAACGGUCUUACACUGGCCAUGGCCUAUCGAUCACGUGCCUCCAUUCUGAUUGGCAUGGGAGAGGGCGAAGCAGCUUUAAGUGAUCUCAAAUUAGCUGCUAACUUUGGCUUGGAGUCCAAGCAAAGCGUGGACUACUACUGCAAAAUGGCAAGAGCAUAUUCAGUUAUGAACGAAGGAGCGCGUGCCGAUAUUUCCCUAAAGAUUGCCGAGAAACUUGCGGGCUCUGAUACAACAUUGAUUAUUGCCUGUCGUAAGGAGAUGGCCACUGCCAAGUUAACGAUGAGGCAUCAACCAGAGCAAGAGGUAGUGCCGCAGUUAACCCAUGGGGAGAAUUCAGACUUAACUGGUGCCGCAAAUGUGGUUAAACUGGUAGAGACGAAGGAUAAGGGCCGAUUUAUUGUGGCCAACGAGGGUUUAAGGACGGGUGAUGUGGUGCUCUGCGAGAAUCCUGUGGCAGCAUGUCUUCUGCCCAGUUUCUUUGGCACUAAUUGUCAUAACUGCUUCAAGCGGCUACGUACUCCUGUGGCAUGUAUUCACUGCUCGGGUAUUGCUUUCUGUUCUGCCCAGUGCAUGGGUGAGGCUUGCGAGACUUAUCAUCGCUUUGAAUGCCAGUUUAUGGAUCUGUUCAUUGGGUCUGGCAUGUCCAUUCUCUGCUUCAUAGCACUGCGCAUCUUUACACAGGCCUCCAGCAUUGAGGACGGCAUUUCAACUGCCAAUUUACUUUUCGAACAUUUGUGCUCCCACCAGGACGAGCGCAAGCCAGACGAUUAUCUGCAACGUGCCCUAAUGGCAGGCUUUCUCAUGCGUAUUUUACAAAAGGCUCAGUACUUUGGGCGCCGUAAAACGGAAGGUGUCAAUCCAACGGCUGUGGAGCUGCAAGUAGCAACAGCACUUUUAGGCUUGCUGCAAGUUCUUCAAUUUAAUGCCCAUGAAAUCUACCACACUAUGGUGACGGACGAGCAUCGUUUUGAAGGAAAUAAGGUCGUGUACGUGGGUGCGGGCCUCUUUGGCACAGGGUCCUACUUUAAUCACGAAUGCUGUCCGACUGUUGCUGGUUACUACGUGGGAAAGAAGUUGAUCCUAACAGCCACCAGGCCACAUCGACCCAACGAAGUAGUAGCUGUAAAUUACGGUCCCAUUUUCACUAAAAUGAACCUGAAGGAACGGCAGAGAUCAUUACGUGGUCGUUACGCCUUUAGCUGCAACUGUAUGGCCUGUCAAGAGAAUUGGCCUUUGCUGCAAAAGAUAGACAAGCAAGUUCGAUUUUGGUGUACCUCAGCUAAUUGUGUAAAUCUACUUAAAUUCCCAAAAGACCUAUCAAAGGACGUACGCUGCGCUCGGUGUCGAAAGAACAUUUCUUUAAAGGAAAGCGUUGCUAAGCUUAUUAAAAUUGAAGAGCUUUAUCGCGAAGCUGCACAAGCAAUGCAAUCGCAAAAAACGAAUGAGGCAAUUGAACUCUUUAAGGAAGGACUUGAUCAAUUUUUCCUAAUUGCCUCACUGCCCCACAAGGAUACUCUAAUAGCCCAGCAAUCCCUACUGAAAUGUUUGGCUGACACCGGUACUACUUUUAAAAAGUAGCUUAAAUUGAAAUGUUUUUGCAGAAAAUUCAAUUUGAAUCGGUUUGCAUACAAGUUUUUUGAGAGCUAUACGAAUAUUGAAUCAAAUAGAUAUUCUUUCUGAUCAGUAUCUUUUAUGCUUCUUAAUAUAAAA